CACACACAUGGUUUCAGCCAAAACAAAGACAACAAUACCCUCGCCCACCAAAUUUUCCAAAGGUUGUUGUUUUUGUCCAUUAAUUUUAUUUUGUCUCUUCUCUUCCCCGUCGGUGUUUAUUGAUACUCUCGACGAUGACUUUAUUAAUAGUGAGUUUUUAAAUCUCCUCAGAUGUUCCUGUAUGUUCUCCUGGCAUGUGUUGGGAUCGCGCAGUGUUAUCCUGGUGGACAGGUCAGCGGAUCGUGUGGAUCUUUGAUGCCUGUUCACGGGUCUAACGCUCAGACCAGCAAUUCUCCGUUCACCGUUACUGCUGGCAAGACCACCUUUAAAGAGGGAGAUGAAAUCACAGUAUCUCUAAACGCACAAUCAGGAGAUUUUAAAGGAUUUAUGUUACAAGCAAAUCUAGUUGGAUCGAAUAAUCCCAUUGGCACUUUUACUGUGACGGACAGUGCAGCACAGGGCCUCAUCUGCGAUAGUGUGGCUAAUAGAGCAGUUUCUCACAAAACAAGCUCUAUAAAGACUUCAAUGCAAGCUAAAUGGACGGCCCCUACAUCCGGACAGCUUGGCAAUAUAGAGUUCAGAGCAACAUUUGUUAGAACUAAACAAAUCUUUUGGGUUGGUGUCAAGAGCUCUGCUGUUGUGUAUAAUGGUACAGGAACAACUGCUACUGUAGCUCCGACUGUUUCAUCAAACCCUGAUUGUGGGAAAACCAAAGUCUGCUUCAGUCAGCCUAGCAACUGUGACCCAACUACCAGCACAGACUGUUACUUCAUGGCAGUUCAGACAUCAUCUAACCAAUCUGAAAUGACCAUCGAAAUGUUUGGCCUGGCUGAUGGAUAUGUCGCCAUUGGGUUUUCAGAUGACCAGAACAUGGGCAAUGACGACGUCUACAUCUGUAGUAAGAACAGCAGCGGCCUCCUCCAAGUGCAACACGCUUAUUCCACAGGAAAAGAGACUCCAAAUAUUCUCUCACUGGGGAAUGUGACUAAUAUCAAGACAGCGUUGACGAAUGGAAAUAUCAAUUGUUCUUUUACUUCUCGUAAUGCCAUUAGCACAGGAAGUAGAGCAACGUCCACCAGCCAGUAUUACCUCAUGAUUGCUUCCGGACCCUCCAGUCAAGGUAACAUCCAGUUCCACACAACCAAAUAUGUCAGUAGCACCAAGGCUGAUUUGCUGAAUCCAUCCAUGGUCACCGCAAACAGUGAAGAAUUCCCAGCAAUCGUUAAAGCCCAUGGUGCCCUGAUGUUAAUCGCCUGGAUGACCACGGGCAGUAUAGGGAUGAUGAUAGCACGCUACUUAAAGGGAGUUGCCAAGGGCCAAUGUUUAGGCGGGAAAGAUUUCUGGUUUCUGGCCCACGUGUCUCUGAUGGUCCUGUCAGUCAUAGCCACAGCCAUUGCAUUUAUACUGGUGUUUUCUUAUGCGCAGGAUUGGGCUGGGGGAGCUCAUCCUGUCCUGGGCUGUAUAGUGAUGGUCCUCAGUCUCGUUCAGCCCAUAGUUGCUGCUUUCCGCUGUGAGCCGCAGCAUGAGCGGAGGUUUAUUUUCAACUGGGCCCAUUCCUUUAUUGCUUUAGCUAUCAAAGUCCUCUCAGUUGCUGCAAUUUUCACUGGUCUGGAACUGUUUGAAGAAUAUAAGACGGAUGGAUGGAUGUUGAAAGUUAUGGGAGGUUUUAUUACCUGGGAGGCUCUGAUAUACAUUCUUCAAGAUCUUAACUUUCGCGCCAGGAAAAAAGAUUCUGAUAUUUGCAGCUUUGGAUCGAUGAAACCUGAAAUAGUCCUGCUUAUGGUGUUUUUGUUGGGAAACCUGGCCUUCUUGAUAGCACUUCUUGUUGGAAUAGGGACGACUUAAGUUCAGCCAAUACGCAUCGGCCUUCCUCACUGGUUGAAGCAAUGUUUUGACACUAUCAUUGUACAAGUAUAGUGUUUAUAUAUAUAUAUAUCAUACGAUCCCAGAAGUCUCUCUACACAAUUUUUUGUUCAUUUUUUAGUUAAUAUUGCAUUCUUUCUGUGCUAAUACCAAUUAUAGAUUCACCAUUGUGCCUUUGAGUGUAAGGACUGUAAGUGUGAGUUGCUAUUAGGAGAAUGUUCUUGCAGUAACUGUCAGUUGCUCACUGAGAUGGAAUAUCAAUAGUGUAAUCACGGUCUCUAAU